AUGUUUGAUCCAUUUGUGAAAAUUAAGAAAAAGCGAAAUCUACAAAUUGAUGAUUUAGAUAGUGUAGCAAGUGAAGGACUGGACAUUGUCAACGACCCGCCAGAACAGGCGAUGGUCAUAGAGGACCUAAUUCCAAUUGAAGUGCCACUAAUUGAAGCGCAAGAGAACAACAACAACAACAACAACAUACCGCAAAGCAGAGAGCAACAACCGCUUGAACAACAACAACAACAACAACAGCAACAACAAUCACAAGAACAAAAUGCCAAUUGUUAUUGUAUAAGUGAUAGUAGUGGUGCCGAGUUUAUUGGUGCAAGUGUAACAGACGCAACCGCGAACAACAACACCAGCGCCCGCAUACUAACAGUAGCAAGUCCGGCAACCUCGCCUACAACAACGGCUAAAGUAGAAGCUGCCACAUCGCAGAUCUUAGCAGCAGCAAUAGCUGCAACUAGCGGUAAUAAUACCAGCAGCAGCAGAAAUAACAGAAGUAGUAGUAGUGGUAGUGGUAGUGGCUGUAGCAGCAGCAAUAACAAUAAUAAUAACAACUCCCAAGUGAGUGCUGGCAGUAUCAUACGUCGUCAAUUGGCCAGCAGCAGCAGCAGUAGUAGUAGUAAUUCCAACAACAACAAUUGCAGCCGCCUGCAACAGUUGAUAUCGACGCCACCAGUGGCAUUGCGCGGGUUAUCUGCCUACUCUAACGGUGAUUCGCAGCCACCAGCGCAGGCACAACAACAACCACCAUCAUCGGCGCUAGCACCUCAAUACUCCAGUGCAGCGCUGCCACAGUUGCAAUUGCAACAACCGCAGCAGCAGCAGCAACAAGCAACUUCGGUGUUGCAGCAACAUUUGGGUCACCUAAAUUUCGAAAGUGGAGCAUCAUCAAGUGGCGUUGGCAAUGGUAGUGCGAGCGUGAACGCCAACAGUGGGAAUAAUAACAAUCGUAAUAGUUGUAGCAGUAGCAGUAGCAGCAACAGCAGCAGCCUGCGAAGUAGCACAACAACAUUGCAACGCCACUUGGCCUCGCCGAGCAACAUUCUCCAGGAAGCGUUCAGCAACAAUUUGCACAGAAUUUUAAAGCGUUCACAUAGUUCCUCGACAUUGGCGUCCAACAGUAAUAGCAAUAACAACAACAGCAGCAACAACAACAACAACAACAACCACAGCAGUAAUUCUAUCACAUCCUCCCCACCGACGCCGCCAUUGUCAUCUGCGAUCUCAAAUUCCAACUUUGCCGCCGUUAACAAUACACCACACUCUUCUUCGUCUUCUUCUUCUUCUUCAUUGUUAGCCAGUAUUUACGGGAACGUUGCGAACAACAAUAGUGGUGGUAGUAGUAGCGGUAGCAGCAGUAGCAACAACUCACAUCUCAACAACAGUAUAAUUGCCAGUCGCCUAUUUGGGAGCAGCAACCACAACAAUAACAACAACACCAACAGCACCACCAAUAACCACACUCACAACCACAGCCACCUUCAACAGCAACUCACCGCUCCGAGUAGUAGCAGUACAACAUCAGCGGCAGCAGCCUCAUCAAGCGCAUCCCUUGCUGGCUCAUCGGCUUCUAACAAUAACAACAAUAACAACAAUAACCACCACCACCAACGUUUGCCGCAUCACAGCCACCACAACCAUCAUAGCCAUCAUCAUCAGCAUUCCGCGCUUACCAAUUCGAUGACAAAUCGUAUAAAUCAAUCGAUAAGGCGGCAUUUGAAUCAGCAACAACAACAACAACAUCAUCAUAACUACUUACAGCAGUACAAUCAGCAAGUGACAAAUAAUAAUCAUAACAAUAAUAGCAGCAGCAACAACAACAACAACAAUAAUAAUAAUAAUACAAUCAAUAACCACCGAAUUCAACAACAACAACAGCAGCAGCAGAUUCCUCAACAUUCGCGUCACACGACCCAGCAGCAUUCGCAACACCACCUGCAGCAACAACAACAACAACAAAGCAAUCAACAUUUACAACAACACUUGCUGCAAUCGAAUCAGCACCAACAACAACAAAGCAGUAGCAGCGCUAGUAAUUGCAACAAUAGCAAUAACAAUCAAUUGCAACAACAUUCGCAGCAUAAUCAUCAUCACCAACAACAACAACAACAAUCUCCUCUGUGCCUAGUAUUAUUAGUUAAAUGUCCAAAUUCUAAAGAAUUCUGUAACGCCGCCACCGCCAACGCCGUCGCUGCUGCCGCACAUUUCUGUGAUAAUAAAAGAUUGCCGGUAAACGAAUGUCAGGCAAUCCAAACUGCUAGAGUGACAUCUAACCUGAACGCAUCAAGUAGUACAAUGGCGGUUAGUCGGGUGCCAUCGCCACCAUUGCAAGAAGUUAAUUUUUUUUUUUUUGAGAAUUGGUGUUACACACAGGUGAAAGUGGUGAAGUUUAGCUAUAUGUGGACCAUAAAUAAUUUUAGUUUUUGCCGCGAGGAAAUGGGUGAAGUUCUAAAAUCCUCCACGUUUUCCGCUGGUGCUAAAAAAAAGCUAAAAUGGUGUUUACGCGUAAAUCCAAAAGGUCUCGAUGAGGAGAGCAAAGAUUACUUAUCGUUAUAUUUAUUGUUAGUUUCGUGUAAUAAAUCAGAAGUUAGAGCCAAAUUUAAAUUUUCCAUAUUGAAUGCGAAAAGGGAAGAGACCAAAGCCAUGGAAUCGCAGAGAGCUUACCGUUUUGUACAAGGCAAAGAUUGGGGCUUCAAAAAAUUCAUACGAAGAGAUUUCCUGCUAGACGAAGCCAAUGGUCUGUUACCAGAAGAUAAAUUAACAAUAUUCUGUGAAGUUAGCGUUGUAGCUGAUAGCGUGAAUAUCUCUGGUCAAUCAAAUAUUGUACAAUUUAAAGUACCCGAAUGUCGCUUAUCCGAAGAUUUGGGUGCGUUAUUUGAUAAUGAGAAAUUCAGUGAUGUAACGUUAGCGGUGGCCGGAAAAAAAAAUCAAGCGCAUAAAGCUAUUUUAGCAGCACGCAGCGAAGUUUUUAAUGCUAUGUUUGAACAUGAAAUGGAGGAGCGCAAAUUGAAUCGUGUUGAUAUACAUGAUGUCGAUCAUGAAGUUUUGCGUGAAAUGCUGCGUUUCAUUUACACAGGCAAAGCGCCAAAUUUGGAAAAAAUGGCUGAUGAUCUCCUAGCUGCUGCUGAUAAGUAUGCGCUCGAAAAGCUGAAAGUGAUGUGUGAAGAAGCGCUUUGCCUAAAUCUCUCUGUAGAAACCGCAGCGGAAACUUUAAUAUUAGCCGAUCUCCACAGUGCGGAUCAAUUGAAAGCACAAACCAUAGAUUUCAUAAAUACUCAUGCCACAGAUGUGAUGGAAACGACCGGCUGGCAGAGUAUGAUCGCGACACAUUCACAUUUGAUUGCGGAGGCAUUUCGCGCGCUUGCCACACAACAAAUCCCACCAAUUGGACCACCAAGGAAGCGUGUAAAAAUGAGCUGAAACCGCAAUGUUGGUGCAUAUAGUAGCUUUUACAGCAAUUAUAACAACAACAACAAUAAUAUUAAUAAUAAUAAUAAUAACAAUAAUAACCAUAAUAAAAGCAACAAAAACAAU